CAGAUUGCUUACAGGUUCCUCGCUGUCAGACUACGACGAAUGGGGUUGACGUGACCACGAAGAUGGAGGGGAACCCUCUGGACUUCUACAUCGGUCUCUCCCUGGCCGUGAGCUCCAGCGCCUUCAUCGGUGCCAGUUUCAUCCUGAAGAAGAAAGGCCUGCUGCGAUUGGCCGGCAAUGGCUCCACGCGAGCAGGUCAAGGGGGGUAUGCUUACCUGAAGGAAUGGCUGUGGUGGGCAGGACUCAUUUCAAUGGGAACUGGGGAGGCCGCCAACUUUGCUGCAUAUGCAUUUGUGCCAGCAACACUGGUGACUCCUCUUGGAGCAUUGAGUGUACUUGUAAGCGCUGUGCUGUCCACUUACUUUCUGAAUGAGAGGCUGAAUGUUCACGGGAAGAUUGGCUGUUUGCUGUGCGUUUUGGGCUCCACAGUGAUGGUGAUUCAUGCCCCGAAGGAAGAGGAGGUUGCUUCCCUCAGUGCCAUGGCUGAGAAACUCAAAGACCCAGGUUUCAUUGUGUUUGCUGUGUGCGUUGUUGGAAGCAGCCUGGUUCUUAUCUUUGCUGUGGCUCCACGGUUCGGACAGAAGAAUGUGCUGGUCUACAUCCUGAUCUGCUCUGUGAUUGGCUCCCUGUCUGUGUCUUGUGUCAAGGGCCUGGGCAUUGGCAUUAAGGAGCUGUUUGCUGGCACAGCGGUGCUGAAGGAGCCCCUGUUCUGGUCCUUAGUCAUCU